ACUAUCAUCUUUAUCACCUACACAUACAAUACACAUCGUCAUUGACCUCAUAUGUUGGCAUCACCGCCAUCUCAUAUCGGUCAAACAUGGCUCUAUUACAGUCAAACGCCGUAGAGAAGCGUUAUCGACUUUCCACGCUUCAAGCGCCAGAAUGGGCAACAUGGUCUAUGAACGCUGCUACGGAGGGUCAAUGGAAAUCAAGAAAUGAAAAGGCACAUCUGCGCUUUAUUGAAACGUUGAACAAGGUAUCGAACAAACCAAAGUCACCAAGAAAAACAUCUCAUUGGUCAAAAUUCAGUGUAAGAUCUAUGCUGCAAGAUGGAAGCGAUAAUGCUAUUCAUGCAUCUGAUUGGAAAACGUAUCAGGAAGAUGAAAGUAUUGAAAUCGAUCAAGACCGAAAUUCUACUCUUUCACAAGAAAUUGCUAAGCUUCAACCAUGGAUGAACAGCGUGCUGGAAGAUCUUGAAGGAGCAAUCGGAACACUCACGCCCGAAAUGCUUAAGCCGGGCUACUUUGAUUAUACUCCUUUGUUGCCGAUCGAGCAAGAGCGAAUUCAACGAUUCUUGCGCUUAACAGGCUACAAGCCAGAGCAGCCACAGAAGCUACUGUCUGAGCUCGAAGCCUUUAUUGGUACGUAUCAGCAAAGUCUUACCGAUACCAGCAGAUCUUUGUCUCAAUUGGAAGAAGAAAGCGAUCCGUUGGAGAUAUCACAGAAAUUUUUCAAACUUCAAAAGAAGGUGAGGGUGGAUAAAUAUUCCGAUGAUUAUGUUCAAGGACGUGAAGAAUUUAUCAAUAUGUGCAAAACAGCCAUGCCUACGCGACAUACGGAUUGGAUCCUACAAAAGGCUUUCGAAGAUUCACAGAAAGACGUAAAGAAAUAUGCAUUCAGCUCAGAAUUGGGCGAGCAGAUGAAAAUGAAAAGUGUCUCCGAUCCCUUGGAAUCUAUAAGCACAGUGGAAGCGAUUGAGAUGGUGGAAAAUGGAACUAUGCCAUUCGAAAAAGCUGCUAUCGUGAUGCAUGCCCUUGCAAGUGCAAGCAACAUUCGCACCAAAGAUAUCUUGCUAAGCAAGCAGUAUAGCACUGCAGCAAACGUGGAGAAAUCUAGGAGAAAGAAAAACUUGGGUAGAUGCUUGACCGAAUCGGCAGCUUUGGCAAGAACAAUGAAGGCACUCUUCCCACACUUUUUCCCUGCGGAAACACAGAAAGCAGACGAUGAUUCUAUGGAAUCGGAAGCGAGCAUACAGGCUGCUUUCGAUACCAUUUGUACAAACCAAUCAAGCCAUGCUAGCAAGAGGAAAGAAUUGCCAGUCAAUGCUGCUUACCAUUCUACUUUACAAGAGGCAAGUACUUCGGAAAAUCCAUUCCAGCCAAGGGAAUAUGCACGUACCCCGAAAGAGGAAGCUCGGCUCAAACGGCAGUUCGAGGAACGGCAAAUUAUACUCACACAACAGCUAUAUGAGGAUCUAGAGGUGCAAAGUGGAGAAGAUGAACAAUACCAAUCAGAGGAGGGUGAUUCGGCAGAGCUAGACGACAAUGACGACGGUCCUCUCGAUGGCAUCUUAGAUCUUCAAGAUUGGGUGGAAACUUGCUACACCAAAACAUCGUAUAGACAGAUGAGAGAGCAUUUUUCUGAUAUGUAUGAUGGCAAAAUACCAUCAUGGGUGGAAGAAAGGCUCGAUCCAAAAUAUAAGAACCGCUUGAAGGUGAACGCGGAGAAAACCGAAUAUACUGACGAGCCACUUCAAUUGACCAAUGUCGAAAUGGAAAAGCGAACGCGAUUGAAAGAUUCCUCAGAGGAAAUACUGAAAGUGGAUGCGACUCUGAGACGAGCAAGGAAAGAGGCUAUGAGUGGGGACAAGAAAGAACAAAAGAGAGAAUUAAAGAGAAGGUUCGAACAAGAACAAGCAAUGACGAAAGCAGCUCGACAAGCUCGGAUAAAGCAAAGACAAAAGGAUCGGGAGCAAGCCACAAUGGAACGAAAGAUGAGAAAGGUUUUGGAAAGGGCUAGAUUAGAGCGAAUGGAUUGUGACAGAGCAAUAUAUGACAAGAAUUUCUCGGGACCAAAACGGCUAAAAGGCGAAUCUGCAUCUGAUGCUGAGGAAAGGUUAAAAAAAGCAGUGGAGGAAAGAGCGAUCCAAGAGAUCGCCUAUCUGAGCAAAACAGAAAAAGACAUACAAGAUUACAGCCGAUUUUUACGAUCUUUGGCACCUUCUUUGAAAGAGCCCCCUGGAGAUUCUCAGGUAAAUGUCCAAAGCGAAACGAGUAAAGAGGAAGCGAUGGAGCAUUAUAAUCUUGCAAAGCAAAAAUGGCUCGCUUCUCUCCGCCAAAGUAACUGAGGUCGUUUGAUUUAACGGUUCUCGAAUCAUUUGUAAAUAUACACAUACCAUUCAUACCCCAUUGUCAAUCCCAUUCAUAAUUGAUGGC